AUGGCCCGGAUAGGCAUAUGUAACGCGAUGCAGAGCGGCAAUAGCAUCUACCAAAAGGUCGCCGCCACCGUUCUCUUCGUGUUUGUUCUUGCCUUCCUGUUGCCAACACCCUCUCCGUCUUUCUCGAGGUCUACGAGCCUUAGCACCCGAGAAAUUGCAGCAAACUCGACUCUGGGGGUGAAUUUUGAGAAGAUCCUAACGAUCUCUAUGAAACCGAGCUGGCGAACUCGCGGGUUGCUGGCCGCUGCAGCGCACACCGGUCUAGAAAUCACUGUCCCAGAACCGCCCUAA